UUCUCAAGGAAUGGUCGAAGGUUGCACUAGUAGAAUAAAUGUGAUGGGAAGCGGUUAUAGGCAAGCGGUUUACAAAAUCCGCUUCCCAUUUGAUUAAUUAAAAAAAAAAGAGGGAAGUGAAAUGGGAAGCGGUUUUGGCGCGAACCGCUUGCCUUUUAACUAAUGGCCAGCAGUUUGGCCUUGAACCGCUUACCAUUAGUUAAAUUGGCAAGCGGUUCAAGGCUGAACCGCUUACCAUUUAAAAAAAAAAAAAGCGGGCUCAUGUACAGUAUGUACUACACCCUCUCUUCUCCUCCCUGUUUCAUUCAAUUUACUUCCCAAAAUUUUCAAUUCCCACGCCUUCACUCCUCCUCUCUGUCUCCCUCGUCCUCACCUGUCUUCUCACUUCUUCAUAUUCCGGCCACCACCACCACCACCACUCCAUUCAUAUUCAUUUUUUUUUUAAUUUGGCUAUUUAAUUAAGUGAAGCUAUGUUUAGGGGUCGUGCGUGGGUCGUGGGUUGAGGCUGCUGCUGGUGGUGGGUCGAGGCGGCUGCUGCUUGGUCGGAGGUUGAUGGUGGUUGCUCGAGGCUGCCGGUGUUAGGUGGUGGUGUUCGUGGGUGCACUUGGUGGUGGUGCAUGUUCGAGGGUGUUGUUGAACCGAGCCCAAGCACGCAUUCUAGCUUCAAUCUUCAAUCUUUGUCUUUCUCACUCUCAAAUUAGGGUGUGCACAUAUCAUGGAUCCUGAUGAGAACCUUCAUUCUGAUGAGGAUAUGGAUGAUGAUGAUGGUGACGAGUUGUAUGAUGUUAAUAAGGAGACAGAUAUGGGGGAACUGGAAGACCAAGCUUAUGGCCAGUUCCAACAUAAGCUUGAUGAAUUUGAGCGUAUAGCUGAAACUGCCCCACCUAUUAAUGAUAAUGUGGUUACCGAAGUUGUAGAUGAUUCACAUUGUGAAACUCAAAUGCAAAGGCAAGUGAAAAAAACCGGUGGUGGAGGAGGGGUAAAGCCACCGGUGAACAGAAGGAGUAGGGGUGCAACUAAAGCUUUCAAGAAACCCGAUGUUCCUAUGGUGCUCGAGUUUGAUGAGUUAGGUCAACCUACUGGCCAAUGGCGCGACAAAUUUUCUAGUCAAGUUGGCAUUCUAACUCGUAAAAUACCAAUCACACUUGAGUUUGUCGAGAUACCUCACGGGUUGCUCUAAACAUUUUGGGACGAUACUAUGGUAAGUAUUUAUUUCAAUCAAACUUUUAUUUUAAAUUCAUAUAUAUCAAAAAAAAAAAUUGCAAAAACAACCCCCGGGCCUAAC